AUGAGCCCUACGACGCUCGUCAACGCCGACUCGGCGGACCCGGAUCCGACUACGCAGAUGGCCUGGCCGAACGCGAGACAUGGGGCGAAGAGAGUUAGUGAGAGUGUUGGGGAUGGGGAGGGGUUUGAUGGAGAGGAGGCGAUGGGGGAGAGGAGCGCGAGCUCGAAGAGGACGGAUAGGGAGGGGCGAGGGAGGAUGAGCUGGGUGGAUUUGUUCAAUUUGAGCGUGUCGAUGGGCGGGGCGCAGAUCGCGUGGACUGUUGAGCUUGGGUAUGGGACGCCAUUCUUACUAUCGCUUGGAUUGUCGGAGCAGCUCACGAGUCUGGUGUGGCUCGCCGGCCCUAUCUCGGGUCUUGUCGCGCAGCCUGUGAUUGGCGCUAUAUCCGACUCGUCGACCUCCAAGUACCGCAGACGAUACUGGGUCGUAACAUCGACUAUCGUUUUAGGUAUCGCCACUUUAGUUCUUGCAUACUGCCAGAGUAUCGCCGCCUUCGUCGUCGACCUGUUCCAAGGAGGCGAGGGUGACUGGGAUCCCACCCGUAAUCGCGAUGUUGCAAACACCGCCAUCGGAUUCGCCGUCGUAGCAUUCUACCUGCUCGACUUCGCACUGAACGCACUACAAGCCUCCCUCCGAAACCUCCUGCUCGAUGUAACGCCACCCGAACAGCUGAGCUCUGCGAACGCCUGGCACAGCCGUAUGACCCAAGCAGGCAACAUCAUCGGCUUCGGCUUUGGAUUCUUACCGCUGGCAAAGAUACCGGUUCUGGACUGGCUGGGCGGUACGCAGUUCCGCAAGUUCUGCGUCGUGGCUAUGAUCAUCCUCGUUAUUACGGUGUGGAUCACUUGUUUCACGAUGCAUGAGGUCGAGCGUGUCAAGAACGAUAAACACCAAGGGAAACUGCGCGAUAUCUUGAAUAAUAUCUAUUCGGCGAUUAUCAAGCUUCCGAAGCCGAUUCGGAGGGUCUGUUUUGUGCAGCUCUUUGCGUUUAUGGGAUGGUUUCCCUUCCUUUUCUACUCCACUACCUAUGUAGGUCAGAUCAUGGCCUAUGAGGAGGAUAGGGAACCGAAUGCCGAAGUUGCCACCCGCACGGGCGCCCUUGCGAUGCUGUUCUACAGUCUAGUCGCUGCGGCCGCCGGUGCAGGCCUUCCGUACCUCACCAGCCGACCCCCGCAACUCAUCGGUGACGACGACGAAGAUGAGGACACCGAGCUUGAGCGCCUUGAACAGCUCGUACAGCAGUUACAGGCCGAGAGCGGGGAUAAGCCCGUGCGCCUACCACGCAUGCCCAUCCUGCUUCGCAACGUAUGGAUGGGCGCGCUUCUGCUGUUCACGGUCAUCACGUUCUCCACGUUCUUCAUCAGCACUGUGUGGCAGGCAUGCAUCGCAGUCAGCCUUGUCGGUAUCUGUUGGGCGGUCGCGUGCUGGGUACCGUUCGCGAUCAUCAUGGAGUUCUUGAAGGACAUCGAUGCGGCGGCUAAGCCCAAGCGGCCACUGCAUAGUCGCAGCCAGUCGCGCGCGACGUACUCUAGCAUCGACGGCGUUAACACCGAUGCCAUCCUUGAGAGCCAGCAGGUAUCCGAGGACGAUCCGUUGUUAUCGCCGGUCGGAGCUGAGCCUGUGGCGGGCGGUACCAUCCUGGGAGUCCAUAACUUGGCGAUCGUGAUGCCUCAGUUUAUCGUUGCGCUUGUGUCUAGCGCGAUCUUCAAUGCUGUGGACGGCCCGGACGUUCCCAACGAGGCGGGAGGGCAUGACUCGUACUACGGCAAGAACGGCGUAGCGUGGGUGUUGCGCUUUGGUGGCCUGUGCACACUGUUCGGCGCGGCGAUGUGCCGCAUGUUGCCGCUGACCCGCACGGAGAAGGAAAUGCGGCGUCGUCUGGGCAUUCUCCGCGACAUUGCGACGUACGGAACAAACAGUUAG